GGUAUCUAACGUGGGAUUUCAUUUAGCCCACGGGGGGAUUAAUUCAUUGGGGGCAGCCUCGCUGGUCUGGCUCCUCCAGGAGCUGGGCAACCUUGACGGGCUUUUUGUCUUGCUGCUCCAACCCCUUCUCCCUUCCUCCUCCUCCUCCAGAUGCCUUUUCUCUGCCCCUCCUCGCCCGGUACAGACAUUUCCAGGGCAGGCUGCUGCUCGUGGCUGCUGUCGAAGCCACUUCUCGGGAUUUCGGCUCGUUUCCCUCUGGGGUGUUUUUUGAGGAGGGAGAGUUUUUCUCCCCUCCACGAUGGGAUUUUCUUCCCGUGCCAAAAUGGACUUUCAUUGAUUUCUACUUACUUCUUCAACGUUUAGUGACCAAUUCCCUAGGGUUAUUUUUGUGGUAGUUCCUUUUUUCAAGUACAUUCUCUGUAAAAUGGAGAACGAGAUUUUUACUCCCCUUCUGGAGCAGUUCAUGACCAGCCCCUUGGUCACUUGGGUUAAAACGUUUGGACCUCUGGCUGCAGGAAAUGGGACCAACCUGGAUGAAUAUGUGGCUUUGGUGGAUGGGGUGUUCUUGAACCAAGUCAUGCUCCAAAUUAAUCCUAAGUCGGAGAGUCAGAGAGUAAAUAAAAAAGUCAACAAUGAUGCCUCACUUAGAAUUCAUAAUCUAUCCAUUUUGGUGAGACAGAUAAAAUUUUAUUACCAGGAGACUUUGCAGCAGUUGAUUAUGAUGUCUUUGCCAAAUGUCUUAAUCAUUGGCAAAAAUCCCUUUUCUGAACAAGGCACAGAAGAAGUUAAAAAGUUGCUUUUACUUUUACUGGGUUGUGCAGUUCAGUGUCAGAAAAAAGAAGAAUUUAUUGAAAGAAUUCAAGGUUUAGAUUUUGAUACAAAAGCAGCAGUUGCCGCACAUAUUCAAGAGGUAACCCAUAAUCAGGAAAAUGUGUUUGAUCUACAAUGGAUGGAAGUGACUGACAUGUCUCAGGAGGAAAUAGAACCACUCUUGAAAAACAUGGUAUUGCAUCUAAAAAGACUUAUAGAUGAGAGAGAUGAGCAUUCAGAGACUAUCGUUGAACUCUCUGAAGAGCGGGAUGGUCUUCAUUUUCCACCCCAUGCCUCUUCAUCUGCACAGUCACCUUGUGGUUCUCCAGGCAUGAAACGAACAGAAAGUCGACAACAUCUGUCAGUGGAACUGGCAGAUGCUAAGGCCAAGAUAAGAAGGCUUAGGCAGGAAUUGGAGGAAAAGACUGAACAGUUGUUGGACUGUAAACAAGAACUUGAGCAAAUGGAAAUAGAACUAAAAAGGCUGCAACAAGAGAACAUGAAUUUGCUUUCGGAUGCUCGUUCUGCAAGAAUGUAUCGAGAUGAAUUAGAUGCGCUUCGGGAGAAGGCUGUCAGAGUUGAUAAGCUUGAAAGUGAAGUUAGCAGAUACAAAGAAAGGCUACAUGAUAUUGAAUUUUAUAAGGCAAGAGUUGAGGAAUUAAAAGAAGACAAUCAAGUUUUAUUAGAAACAAAAACCAUGUUGGAAGACCAAUUAGAAGGAACUCGAGCUCGUUCUGAUAAAUUACAUGAAUUAGAAAAAGAAAAUUUACAACUGAAGGCUAAACUGCAUGAUAUGGAAAUGGAGCAUGAUAUGGAUAGAAAAAAGAUUGAAGAAUUAAUGGAAGAAAAUAUGACUUUGGAAAUGGCACAGAAACAAAGUAUGGACGAAUCAUUACAUCUUGGCUGGGAGCUGGAACAAAUAUCCAGAACUAGUGAACUUUCUGAAGCACCACAGAAAUCCUUGGGCCAUGAGGUAAAUGAAUUGACAUCAAGUAGGUUGUUGAAGUUGGAGAUGGAAAAUCAGAGUUUGACAAAAACUGUAGAAGAGCUUCGGAGUACUAUGGAUUCUGCAGAAGGCACCACUUCCAAAAUCCUGAAAAUUGAAAAAGAAAAUCAAAGACUAAGUAAGAAGGUUGAAAUUCUUGAAAAUGAGAUUAUUCAAGAAAAGCAAAGUCUUCAGAACUGUCAGAAUUUAAGCAAGGAUCUAAUGAAGGAGAAAGCUCAGCUUGAAAAAACAAUUGAAACACUUAGAGAAAAUUCAGAGAGACAGAUUAAAAUAUUGGAACAGGAAAAUGAACAUCUGAAUCAAACUGUGUCCUCCUUAAGGCAGCGCUCCCAGAUAAGUGCUGAAGCAAGGGUGAAAGACAUUGAAAAAGAAAAUAAAAUUCUCCAUGAAUCUAUCAAGGAAACCAGUAGCAAGCUAAGCAAGAUUGAAUUUGAAAAAAGGCAAAUCAGAAAAGAAUUGGAACAUUAUAAAGAAAAAGGAGAACGAGCAGAAGAACUUGAAAAUGAGUUACAUCAUCUUGAAAAAGAAAAUGAAUUGUUACAGAAAAAGAUAACCAAUUUAAAAAUUACUUGUGAAAAAAUUGAGGCCUUAGAACAAGAAAAUUCAGAGCUAGAAAGAGAAAAUAGGAAAUAUAAAAAAACAUUGGAUAGCUUUAAAAACCUUACUUUUCAGUUAGAAUCCCUAGAGAAAGAGAAUUCCCAGCUUGAUGAGGAAAACUUAGAACUGCGAAGGAAUGUAGAAUCUUUAAAGUGUGCAAGCAUGAAAAUGGCUCAGCUACAACUAGAAAACAAAGAACUGGAAAGUGAAAAAGAACAACUUAAGAAAGGUUUAGAGCUCAUGAAAGCAUCUUUCAAGAAAACAGAACGCUUAGAGGUUAGCUACCAGGGUUUAGAUACAGAAAAUCAAAGGCUACAGAAAGCUCUAGAAAACAGCAAUAAAAAAAUUCAGCAGUUGGAAAGUGAACUACAAGACUUAGAGAUGGAAAAUCAAACAUUGCAAAAAAACCUAGAAGAGUUAAAAAUAUCUAGCAAAAGACUAGAACAGCUAGAAAAAGAAAACAAAUCAUUAGAACAAGAGACUUCUCAACUGGAAAAGGAUAAGAAACAACUGGAGAAGGAAAAUAAGAGACUCCGACAACAAGCAGAAAUAAAAGAUACCACAUUAGAAGAAAAUAAUGUGAAAAUUGGAAAUUUGGAAAAAGAAAACAAAACCCUUUUCAAAGAGAUUGGUAUUUAUAAAGAAUCCUGCAUUCGUCUGAAAGAAUUAGAGAAAGAAAAUAAGGAGCUUGUGAAAAGAGCAACUAUUGAUAUAAAAACUUUAGUCACAUUACGAGAGGAUUUGGUGAGUGAAAAACUGAAGACUCAACAAAUGAAUAAUGAUCUUGAAAAAUUAACUCAUGAGCUUGAGAAGAUAGGGUUAAAUAAAGAGCGACUCUUACAUGAUGAGCAGAGUACUGAUGACAGAUACAAACUUUUGGAAUCAAAAUUAGAAUCUACUCUAAAGAAGUCCCUUGAAAUAAAAGAAGAAAAAAUCGCUGCAUUAGAAGCUCGAUUAGAAGAGUCCACAAAUUAUAACCAGCAGUUGCGCCAAGAACUUAAAACAGUGAAAAAGAAUUAUGAAGCUCUCAAGCAGAGACAAGAUGAGGAAAAGAUGGUACAGAGCUCUCCUCCAGUUUCUGGUGAAGAUAACAAAUGGGAGCGAGAAAGUCAAGAAACAACCAGAGAGCUUCUGAAAGUUAAAGACAGAUUAAUUGAAGUUGAAAGAAAUAAUGCUACACUACAAGCAGAGAAGCAAGCAUUGAAAACUCAACUGAAGCAACUUGAGACACAGAACAAUAAUUUGCAGGCUCAGAUUCUUGCACUUCAGAGGCAGACAGUAUCAUUACAGGAGCAGAAUACCACUCUUCAAACACAGAAUGCCAAGCUUCAGGUUGAAAAUUCCACUCUUAAUUCCCAAAGUACCUCACUCAUGAACCAGAAUGCACAACUCCUAAUCCAGCAGUCUUCCUUAGAAAAUGAAAAUGAAUCUGUAAUCAAAGAACGAGAAGACCUGAAAUCUCUCUAUGAUUCUCUGAUCAAAGAUCAUGAAAAGCUGGAACUUCUGCAUGAACGACAGGCUUCAGAGUAUGAGUCUCUCAUUGCUAAACAUGGAACUCUAAAGUCUGCCCACAAAAAUCUUGAGGUGGAACAUAAAGACCUUGAAGAUCGUUACAAUCAGUUACUAAAACAGAAAGGACAAUUGGAAGAUUUGGAAAAAACACUGAAGGUAGAACAGGAAAAAAUGCUGCUUAAAAACAAAAACCAUGAAACUGUAGCUGCAGAAUACAAGAAACUUUGUGGUGAAAAUGAUAGGUUGAAUCAUACAUAUAAUCAGCUUUUAAAAGAGACUGAAGUUUUACAAACUGACCAUAAAAACUUGAAAAGUCUUCUAAAUAGUUCCAGACUGGAACAAACAAGAUUAGAAGCUGAAUUUUCAAAGUUAAAGGAACAAUACCAACAACUGGACAUCACAUCCACCAAGCUAAAUAACCAGUGUGAGUUGCUAAGCCAACUUAAAGGAAAUUUAGAAGAGGAAAAUCGACAUCUACUAGAUCAAAUUCAGACAUUAAUGCUACAGAACAGAACACUAUUGGAGCAGAAUAUGGAAAGCAAGGAUCUUUUUCAUGUUGAACAAAGACAGUACAUUGAUAAGUUAAAUGAAUUAAGACGACAAAAGGAGAAAUUAGAAGAGAAAAUUAUGGAUCAAUACAAAUUUUAUGACCCAUCUCCUCCUAGAAGGAGAGGCAACUGGAUUACUCUAAAAAUGAGAAAAUUGAUAAAGUCUAAGAAAGACAUUAAUCGGGAGCGUCAGAAAUCACUAACAUUAACACCAACCCGCUCAGACUCCAGUGAAGGAUUUCUUCAACUCCCCCAUCAAGAUAGUCAAGACAGUUCUUCAGUAGGUUCAAACUCUUUAGAAGAUGGCCAAACUCUGGGGACCAAGAAAAGCAGCAUGGUUGCACUGAAAAGACUGCCCUUUUUGAGGAACAGACCGAAGGAUAAAGACAAAAUGAAGGCCUGCUACCGUCGUUCCAUGUCCAUGAAUGACCUGGUGCAGUCCAUGGUCCUAGCAGGAGGACAGUGGACAGGUAGUACUGAGAAUUUGGAGGUUCCUGAUGAUAUUGCAACGGGUAAAAGGAGAAAAGAAUUGGGAGCUAUGGCCUUCUCUACUACAGCCAUCAACUUUUCAACAGUCAACUCUUCUACAGGCUUCAGAUCCAAGCAGUUGGUUAAUAAUAAAGAUACUACAUCCUUUGAAGACGUAAGUCCACAAGGUAUUAGUGAUGAUUCUAGUACGGGAUCAAGAGUUCAUGCUUCGAGACCAGCCAGCCUUGAUAGUGGCAGAACAUCCACUAGCAAUAGCAAUAAUAAUGCUUCACUCCAUGAAGUCAAAGCAGGUGCAGUUAAUAUCCAAAGCAGGCCACAAAGCCAUAGCAGUGGAGAAUUUAGCCUGCUUCAUGAGCAUGAGGCGUGGUCCAGCAGUGGUAGCAGUCCAAUCCAAUACUUGAAAAGACAGCCCAAAUCAAGUCCAGUGCUCCAGCACAAAACACUAGAGAGUCGAGCACAUCACAAGGUCAAAACUGGUUCCCCUGGAAGUGAAGUUGUUACUCUACAACAGUUUUUGGAAGAAAGCAACAAGCUUACCUCAAUACAGAUAAAGCCCUCAAGUCAAGAGAAUCUUUUAGAUGAAGUAAUGAAAAGUUUGUCUGUCUCUUCUGACUUUUUGGGAAAAAACAAACCAGUUAGCUGUGGUCUGGCCAGGUCAGUAAGUGGAAAAACUCCAGGAGACUUCUAUGAUAGAUGGACAACUAAGCCUGAACAAUUUGUGAGACCUGGUCCUCAAAAGACUGAAGAUACCUAUUUCAUUAGUUCUUCCGGAAAGCCUACACUAGGCACUCAAGGAAAGAUAAAAGUAGUAAAAGAAACUUCUCUGUCACGACAAUCAAAAGAUAGUAAUCCCUAUGCCACUUUACCUCGUGCAAGCAGUGUGAUCUCUACUGCUGAAGGAACUACUCGAAGGACAAGCAUCCAUGAUUUUUUGACCAAGGACAGUAGACUACCUAUGUCAGUUGAUUCACCACCAGCUACUGCUGAUAGCAGCAUCACUGCAACAUCUAAUGUGGACAAAGUACAAGAAAGCAGAAAUUCAAAAAGCAGGUCUAGGGAGCAACAAAGCUCCUAAUUCUAUUACCCACUACAUGACAUGUGGGCCAAGUGAGAGAAAAGUGUCCUUCAGUUUCUCAGUGUGAAGCCUUUAUUUCUGAAGUAACAAGACACCCAACUAUAGGAAUCACUUUUUAAAAUCUUUAAGACUUUAACAAUCCUUCGUGACUAGAGCAGGAAAGAAAUACAAACCUUCAUUCCUUCCUUGAAUCAAGGAGCACUACUGGAGUCAACUGCCAAAAUUUUUAGGUUUUGUGACUUACCGUACAUUGUACUGUUAAGAUCUACUGAAUAAAGGAUGUUCUCUCACUAAGGACCAAGUGUUUUAAGGUUUCAAGAAGUACUCCAAGAACAAUAUACUUCUUUCAUCAUUUGUUUAUGAAUUUAUCCAUGUUUGCUUAAUGCUUCUGCUAAGUAUUAGUCUAAAUCUAGCCAUUUAUAUUUAGUUGUGUAAACCUAAAUUAAAUGCUGUAGUAUGUUGUGGGAUGUACUAUAUAUCAAGAUACAGAGAACAUUGUUUUGGCAUGUCAGAGCCUUAUUUGGUUAGCAGACUGCAUGUGUUGGUAUUCUUUUUUUUUUUAAGCCUUUUAUUUUGAUGCACUGCAAAAGAAAUUCAGUUUAUCAGAUAACU